AUGUCUAACCUUUUUUUUCUAUUCCAAUUCAUCCUCUUCCUAAACCUCACUCUUGUAAACGCGGGGAUCUACAAGCCUGAGCAAAUCAGAAUUUCCUGAACCGAGAACAAGGGAGAAAUGCGUGUCACCUGGGUCUCAUACAUCAGUGUAGACUCAUUUGUCGUAUAUCGUCCAGUUCUCUGUUUAGGUGAAGACACAACUUGGAAGACGAUCCAAGGGACUUCCCAAACUUUUAACGAAGGCGAAAUUGUGGUGAAGUUCCAAUACAUAUAUACCGCUGUCAUGAAUAACCUUAAUAGUGAAUGCAGCUAUGAAUAUUAUAUAAGAAAUUCCAUAACAGAAAGUGAAAUUUAUAUGUUUAGCGGUCGGACUCCAGAGACAAGUCCACCCUAUUUAGAGACCAAAAGACCUUUAUCAAUGAUUGUUUUCGGUGAUUUAGGGAUUGGGACCAAUGCAAUGGCAGUAAAGGACAUUUUACUCCAAGAAGCCAAGCUCAGAAAUUUUUUAGGGAUUAUUCAUAUGGGAGAUAUCGCUUAUAAUCUCGAUCAAGACGACGGAACUACAGGUGACGGCUUUUUGAAUAUUAUUCAACCUUUGGCUGCAAACUAUGCGUAUAUGGCAAUAAUUGGAAACCAUGAAGGUUACAAUAAUUCUACUCAUUUUAGGACUAGAUUCAAAAUGCCAGUAAACCAAGACAACCAAGGAUCUGGCUAUUUCUAUUCUUUUAAUAUAGGGCCAGUCCAUUGGAUAGUUAUAAGUACUGAAGUUUAUAUAGACAACACCAAAAAAGCAUCAGCAGAAAUCCAAACUAAUUGACUGAAAAAAGACUUAGAAGCUGCUAAUAAAAAUAGAGAGAAUUUUCCAUGGAUUUUUGUCCUUACCCACCAUCCUCUUUAUUGUUCAACACACUCUGCUGUUACUUGUGGGUCUGAAGCUGAGCUAUAUCAGAGCAUUUUAGAAGAUAUUUUAUAUGAAAAUUCAAUAGAUAUUAUGCUACAAGCCCAUGUCCAUAGCUAUGAAAGAGACAAGCCAAUCUAUAAGAACUUGACUGUAAAAAGUGACUAUGAUGACAAACAUACACACAUCAAUGCAAAAGCCCCAUUAUAUAUUUUAAGUGGAAAUGCAGGGAAUAGAGAAGGCCAUAAUGAGCCUUUGCCACCUACUUAUAAGGAUUGGGGAGUAUAUAUGGCUGAUGACUUUGGGUUUGGAAAAUUAUUUGUUUAUAAUGAGACACAUGUGUUGUGGACCCAGUAUAGCGCGACGCUUAUGAAGGUUGAUGACUAUGUUUGGCUCAUAAAAGAUCAGCCUAGAUAUAAUUAA